UGGAUAACAAAGGACAGGUAUGGUAUGACUUGGUACAUGUCUACCGUUUGGAAAAAAAAACCCGACAGCCAAGCGGAUGUCAGGGCUGAAUAGAAGGCUCCGCCCACCCACCGUCUCCAUAGCUGCAGCCGCCGCUUCGUCCUCUUCAAUCCAUCACUAGAGGCAAAACACAAUCAACAAUAAGUGUCCAACUGUAGAGGGCAUUAUUUUAUUUGACAGACUUAUCGGUCCACGUCUUGCAAGUGACGGCGCAGAGGGGCGAGACAACGCGUAAAUUCAGCCGCCAUUUUGAAGGUGUCGGGCUAUAGGAGUUGGAGUAUAUAGAAGGUAGAAGGACACAGGGGUCUGUAUAAGGACGUGAUGAUGGAGAAUCACCGGACCCUCACAUCACUGGAUGGGGCCAGUAAAAGGAAUACCCCAGAGAGAUGUCACCGUCCUCUAUAUUCCCAGGACCAUACAGAGGAGAAUCACAGUGUCCCACAGGAGAAUCAGGGUGACGGUCUGACUAUUAUUAAGGUUGAAGUUCUAGAGGUAGAAGAAGAGACGUAUGUGAGGGGUGAUCAACAGUAUAAGGAGGAGGAAAUCCCUACAGAUAUCAGAACAGCAGAUGAGUGCAAAAGCGGGAAUACCUCAAAGGGUCAUCUCAUUUUAUCUCCAGAUUUUGAAGUAGAAGGUCACAUCAUCGCACAAGAUUAUUCAGGACAAAACUCGAAACAUUUGGAAUGUUCUCCUAAUAUCUUGGCCUGUAUUACACAUAGGACAUCUCAUACCAGUGGAAAAGUUUUUUCCUGUCCGGAAUGUGGUAAAUGUUUUAUACAUCGCUCAAUCUUCAUCAGACAUCAAAGAAGUCACACAGAUGACAAACCGUUUCCAUGCUCUGAGUGCGGGAAAUGUUUCACACACAAAUCAGGUCUUGUUACACAUCAGAGACUUCACACCGGCGAGAAACCAUUUCUGUGUUCUGAUUGUGGGAAAUGUUUUGUAGACAAAUCAGGUCUUGUUUCACAUCAGAGAAGUCACACGGGUGAAAGGCCGUUUCCGUGUGCUGAAUGUGGGAAAUGUUUUACACAUAAAUCAGGUCUUGUUGAUCAUAAAAGAAUACACACAGGCGAAAAGCCAUUUUCCUGUUCAGAGUGUGGGAAAUGUUUUACACAGAAAUCAAAACUUAUUAGACAUCAAAGAGUUCACACGGGUGAAAAGCCAUUUUCGUGUUCAGAGUGUGGCAAAUGUUUUUCACAGAAAGCAAAGCUUGUUGCACAUCUGAGAACUCACACGGGCGAGAAGCCGUUUACAUGCUCGGAGUGCGGGAAAUGUUUUACAAAGAAAGAAAAACUUAUUAGACAUCAGAGAAUCCACACAGGCGAGAAGCCGUUUUCAUGUUCUGCGUGUGGGAAAUGUUUUACACAGAAACAGAAGCUUGUUGCCCACUUAAGAACUCACACAGGUGAGAAGCCAUUUUUGUGCUCUGAGUGUAGGAAAUGUUUUGCAAAUAAAUCUACACUUAUUAUACACCAGAGAACGCACACGGGAGAGAAGCCAUUUCCAUGUUCGGCAUGUGGGAAAUGUUUUACGCAGAAAUCAAAACUGGUUGAACACCACAUGACUCACACGGGUGAGAAGCCAUUUUCGUGUUCUGAGUGUGGGAAAUUGUUUACAAAGAAAGAAAAACUGAUCAGACAUUGGAGGACUCACACGGGCGCAAAGCCAUUCCCAUGUUCUGAUUGUGGGAAAUGGUUUACAAACAGAUCGAAUCUCGUGAGACACCAAAGGACUCACACGGGUUAGAAACUAUUUCAGGGUUCUGAGUUAAGGAAAAUGUUUUGCACAAAAUGAAGUCUUGUACGAUAUCAGAGAGAUCAUGCAUGUGAUAAACCAUUUUCUUGUGGUGAGUGUGAAAAAAGUUAAACACUUAAAUCUUGUUGACUCACACAGGAGAGAAGUCAUUUCCGUGAGCUGAACAAUAUCACACCAGGUUGCCGCAAUAAUCAAAAUGUUAAGUAGACAUUUACAUUAAAACAGAUAGAAAUAGAAAAUUAAUUAUAUUCGAUUAUAUUAAAGUGAGCCAUUAAGACAUCAGUUUGGUAACACGGUUGGUGCAAUGGUUAGCAUUACUGCUUAAGAGCACUGAGGCUCUUGGGUUAAUUUCAUGCAACGGCCCUAACUGUGCAGUUUGUAUGUUCUCCCCAUGCUUGCUGCAAGACAAACAUUGAGCAAGUAUGGAAUGUAAUGCAAUUUCAUUAUUUUAUUACAUAUUAUAAUUCUACACAGUGAGAAGAAUAUGUUGCUGUUAUAUACAGUUUCUCUUACAUCCUAGAGGAUGCUGGGGACUCCAAA